AUGGCGUAUUGUCAAUUCUUGGUUCUCUUCUUUCUGAUGUCGUUUACAACCCCAUUGUCAUCUACUUCAACGGCUUAUGAAGUACUAGAAGGGUAUGAUUUCCCAGUUGGUCUUCUUCCCAAAGGGGUAUUGGGAUACAAGUUGGACAAUUUCACAGGUACAUUCUUUGCCUACUUAAACGGCUCGUGUAGUUUCACUGUUGAUUCAUAUGAGUUAAAGUAUAACCCCAUCAUAGCAGGCAAGAUAACCAGCAAUAAGCUAUACUACUUGUCUGGUAUUGAGGUUAAGAUAGCUUUUUUCUGGCUGAAAAUUGUCUCUGUCACGCGCAACAAUGAUGAGCUUGAAUUCUCAGUUGGCUUCGCCAGUGCCAACUUUGAUGUUAGUAAUUUUGAGGAGAGCCCCACUUGUGGUUGUGGAUUUGAUUGUGUUGGGUAUGGCAAUGCAGCAAUGAAGGAUACAACGAAGCUUAGUAACCGUUUAGUGUCGUUUUCGUAUCUAAAUUGAUCGAGUUUGUCAGCUAAUUUAUGAUUAGCUUGAGUACUAAUUUGAAUAAAUUGGUUUGAACUAUCUAGUUUGGCUGUGUUUGAAUAAAUUAGUGUCGUAUUCUUAUCUAAAUUGAUGCUAUUAAAGAUCAUGUUGUAACAUGUUACUGUGUUUAGAAUUAUAAACCUUGGAUAAAAGGUGUUUGAUGGUAACCUGUUGUAUAAUUGGUACAAACUAAUUGCAGUUUGUGUGAUUGUAUAACCUAGACUACGCGUAGUUAUCUCUUGCUCAUUCUCAUCAAAGUUAAUAUUAUCAUCAAA